CUGACACAGAAAAGCAUACUGUUGACAAAGGAAUUGUUGAAUAAAGUCAUUAUUUUUGUUUUCUAUGUGUACAAAAAGUAUUCUCUCACUUCAUAAAAUUAUGAUUGAACCACUGUUGGCAGAUGGACUGCUCUAACGAUGGUUUUCUUACUUUUCUGGACAGUGACAGUGUAUUUUACUUGGCAAUCUAUUGGACAGUAACAAACCUCCUGGUUUUCAUCCAAACUAUCUUAAAUGGUUUUUGGAAGAUGAACAAAGCUUUUACAGCUCUUUUCACCGAGGUUCCUCAGGACGUGGUCUCUCAGGCUGGAGAUGAUGUGGAGAUGGCCUGCUCCUUCAGAGGCACUAGUUCCUCCUCCGUCUCUUUGGAGAUCCAGUGGUGGUACACCAGACACAGCAGAGAGGGGGCGGAGCAACCAGCAUGGUCAACCAAUCAGGUGGUUUCACAGGAAAACACACCAAAGGGAGCGACUAAAAUAAGUGUGGUAAAAGUGGUUGGCAGCAACAUCUCCCAUAAGCUUCGUCUGUCUAGCGUCAGACCAUCAGACGAGGGAACGUACGAGUGUCGAGUCACUGACUUCAGUGAAAGCCGAGUCCAGCGGCACCGAGUUCAGGCGUAUCUGCAGGUACAGCCAGACCUCCACAACAGAGACCAGAAGAACGAAGAGGAGAAGAAGACAUCAGAACUGAACGCAGCUCCUGAAGAUCAUCAGAAGAGCCACCAUAAGAGAGAAGAAGAGCAGAGACCGCAGCGAUCAGCUCCAUGAGGGGAACAAGACAAAACCGGGAAAGAAACACUAAUCAGAGAGCAGAGAUUUAAAGACAGAGUGACUGUCCUGUUAAAAACUACACACGAGAAGAGAGGCGUCUCGAUAAAACUAUAAACAGUCCUAAUGUUACGAACCGUAUCCUGACAGAAGUUGUCCACAUAAUUAGUCUCAACAUUACUUUUAUAGCAAACUCAAAUUGUUCUGAUUUGUGUUUUACUCCGGCUACACCUCUUUUGGUUUUUCUGGUCAUGUGGUCAUCGUAAGCAGAGGAGAAGUAUUGAAUGCAUAAAACGAGAGAAAGGAGAGGUGAUUAUUAAUGACUGAGAAGAAACGAAGAGGGGGAAUUUAGCUGUGGGCAGAGAGUGAAUGUUAAUUUAUUCAUUGGAAAGAAAGGACAGUCGAGGACUGAAUGUAAUAUAGGUUAUUAUUUAUGAUGGUGAUGUUUACCUUUACUGAUCUAUACUCCUACACAUUUUAUUUGUGUGAUUUUAAUUUGUUUAGCUUGUAUCAUGACAAAAAUAUGUUGUGCAUAAGAUGUUAAAUGGCUGGUGUGUGUGUGUGUCUGCGAGAGAGAGAGUGAGAGAGUGUGUUUUAUAAGACUUUGCAAUAGAGCUACAUUUCUAAAUGGGCGUUUCCAUUGUUGAACAGAUGUUGUGCAGUUUUCUGAUGUUAAAGUGAUUUUAAUGAUGCAUCUUCUGUAUAUGUGCUUUAUUCUGCUUUAAUGUUCUGUAUGGACGCAGAUGUUUCAUUUAUGUAACUUUAUUGAAUUUCUGAAGAUAUUGUCCAUGUUUCAAAUA